GUCUCUGUCACUAGUUCCCUGACUCUCCCCUGAGUCUCCGCCACUGCUGUGGAACUCUUGUCAUCGGCGGAAAGCUCCUCACCGUGGCUGCGUGUACCAGGUAUCGUUGCUUCAAGCCUCCAGGAUGGCGCUCCAGUUCCGUUCACUCUUCCCCUUGGCGCUGCCCGGAAUGCUGGCGCUCCUCGGCUGGUGGUGGUUUUUCUCUCGUAAAAAAGACCACGUGAGCAGGCACAGCGAGCAGGUGGAGGCCAGCGCUGUGGAGCUGAGAGCCGACUCUGCCAUUAAGGAGGCUCUCCCCGUGGAAGAUAUCUGUGCCACAGUCGUGUUCACACCCCCCAGUGUCACACAGCCACCAGAAAAGGACCCGUCCACCAUGAGGAAACCUUCUGCAGAGCCGCCAGCCUUGCUGCGGAUACAACCGGCCCGUCGGAGAUCAGAGUCCUCAGGCAGCCUUCCCAACGUUACGGACCCAAGACCUCGACCAGGAACACGCAAAGACGACAGUGCAAAGCUGGAAUUAGCCUUGAUGGGUGAUGAUGCCAAAUCUGUUCCUCCAGAGUGCCCCCUUUCGUCCCCAAAGGGAAUACCGUUUCCUCAUGAAGCAGCGGAGGUGUGUAAGCAAGAGUCCAUGUUCAGCAGGAUGCCAGGACGGGCGGCCCUGGCUGAGAAGCAUGGCCCUGGAGAGAGGGCACGAGAGACCGGUGGGGCCGAAGGGACCGGCGAUGCAAUGUCGGGGGAGAAUGUGCUCAAAGAAGGUCUGUUGUCCCAGGAGCAUGACUCAGAAUUGGAGAACAGCAAGGCCCCCCGCCAGGCCCCCCUGGGAGGAGGCAGGGAGAAGGGGAGGAGCGGCCUGCCCCAGGUGGUCGUGCCCGCACAGCAGAAGGAAGAGUAUGUGGUAGGGAAGUUGCUAAGUAGCGUCAUUGAGUCCGCUCACACAGAGCUGGCUAAGGAUGAUGAGACGCCAGCACCUCUCGUCAGAGGUGGCAAAGCCUGGGACAGAGACCUGGCGGGAGAACUGGCCAAAGAGGAGAGCUUGGAUAGAAACGAUAAGAUUGAGCAGGCUGCCUUCCAGUUAAUCUCCCAGGUGAUCUUGGAAGCAACCGAGGAAGUGCUGGCUACCACGGUGGGCAGGAUUGCAGGGCGGAUAUGUCAGGCUUCGGCUGGUCAGCUCCAAGGUCAGAAGGAGGAGAGCUGUGUCCUAGGCAGCCCCCAAACUGUUCUGGGCCAAGAUGCUGGGGAGCCCACCCUGGCCACAGCAGAGGCAGCCACCAGCCCAUCGGAUGCGGCCCCACCCUCGCCAGGCCUGCCGGCAGAGGACCUGCCACUGCCAAAGACCUACGUGAGCUGCCUGAGCAGCCCUCUGUCCAGCCCCACCAAGGACAGUAAGCCAAAGAACUCCGCGCACCCCAUCUCCCUGGCCCCCUGCCCCCCGCCGGCCGCCCCCCUUGGAGAGUCGCUGGAUGGGGAAGAUGCCACCUGCAUGUCGGACAACAGCCAAGGCGUCCCUUCAGUAGCCUCCUCGGGACACUGCUCAGAUUCCCUCAGCACUUCAGGGCUCGAAGACUCCGGCACAGAGACCAACUCAAGCCCCAGGGACAAGGCCAUCACCCCACCGCUGCCAGAAAGUACUGUGCCCUUCAGCAAUGGGGUGCUGAAGGGGGAGUUGUCAGACUUGGGGGCUGAGGAUGGAUGGACCCUGGACGCAGAAGCAGAUCAUUCGGGAGGUUCCGAUGGGAACAGCAUGGAUUCGGUGGAUAGCUGCGGCAGCCUCAGGAAGACUGAGAGUUUCCAAAACGCCCAGGCAGGCUCCAGCCCCAAGAAGGUCGACCUCAUCAUCUGGGAGAUCGAGGUGCCAAAGCACUUAGUCGGUCGGCUAAUUGGCAAGCAGGGGCGGUAUGUGAGUUUCCUGAAGCAAACAUCUGGGGCCAAGAUCUAUAUCUCAACCCUGCCUCACACCCAGAGCAUCCAGAUCUGCCACAUAGAAGGCUCUCAGCAUCACGUAGACAAAGCACUGAACUUGAUCGGGAAGAAGUUCAAGGAACUAAACCUUACCAAUAUCUAUGCUCCCCCAUUGCCUUCGCUGGCGCUGCCUUCUCUGCCAAUGACAUCCUGGCUCAUGCUGCCCGAUGGCAUCACUGUGGAGGUCAUCGUGGUCAACCAGGUCAACGCCGGGCACCUGUUUGUGCAGCAGCACACACACCCUACCUUCCACGCGCUGCGCAGCCUUGACCAGCAGAUGUACCUCUGCUACUCUCAGCCUGGAAUCCCCACCUUGCCCACCCCAGUGGAAAUAACAGUCAUCUGUGCUGCCCCCGGCGCGGACGGGGCCUGGUGGCGAGCCCAAGUGGUCGCCUCCUACGAGGAGAGCAACGAAGUCGAGAUUCGGUACGUGGACUAUGGUGGAUACAAGAGGGUGAAAGUAGAUGUGCUUCGGCAAAUCAGGUCUGACUUUGUCACCCUGCCGUUCCAGGGAACAGAAGUCCUUCUGGACAGCGUGAUGCCCCUGUCAGAUGACGACCGCUUUUCACCUGAGGCAGAUGCCGCCAUGAGCGAGAUGACGGGGAACACAGCACUGCUUGCUCAGGUGACAAGUUACAGUCCAACUGGUCUUCCUCUGAUUCAGUUGUGGAGUGUGGUCGGAGACGAAGUGGUGUUGAUCAACCGGUCACUGGUGGAACGUGGCCUUGCUCAGUGGGUGGACAGCUACUACGCAAGCCUUUGACCCCUGGUCCCACAGCCGCGUCUUGAGUCUUUUUUUGCACUGUUGAAAUCGGGCUUGGCACUCGAGGCAAAGAUUUAAUAUCAGAAUAACAAACAUUGUCCUCUCCAGAAAGUCCUUUCUUUCCCCCUCAUACCGUAGUCCUGUCGAGAAGCUGUUUCAAAAGGGCGGAGCCGUGGGUUCUUCUCAAAGCCAUAGGAUAGUGUUGGACAAGCCAGUUGGCUUAACCUGAUUCUAAGCCGUUUUAAAAAAAAUUGACAAAAACCAGUCUCCACCAGGUUGUCCUAUCCCCCCUCUGUCCAUGCCCUCUUCCCCCCAGCUCCUCCCCCAGCAGAUCCAGGCCAACGGGGGAGACAGGCCGGGGGCUGCCCAGUGCUGGCUUGAGAGGGUUUCUUUUCACAAUCUUUCUUCAGGGAGCAAGACACGAAUUAAUUGGUUAUCAGUUACUUGUACAGCUUACAUAAAUGAAUUGUUGACAUUUAACCAGUUUUUAUAAACUCCAUCUAGGUCUCUAGGAACACAGACUUUUUUAAAUGCAGAUGUAAAUAUGAAGUGAUUGUCAACACCUCUGACCUCAGUCCAUGGGGAGGGGAAUGUUAUCCUGCCAAGCCUGGUAGUAAUUUAUAACCAUUUUCUAUUUGUGCAAACUCUGUAAAUAUGUUUAAAAAAAUGUAAUAUUUUGUACAAGAUAACACUGGAGAACAAAGGGAACUCGAGAUUUUUCCACACCACAUGUCAUCUGUAAGUAGAAGUUAAUUCUGCAGAGUACAGCUGCCGCGCCCAGCCCCUCUCGCCCAGGGGCUCCUAUGGCUUCCUGCGUACUGGACAGGGUGACUGUAUGGUCUAGACUGUGAUCUUGGGGGGGGGGGAUUGCUGUACAAAUUUGUUAAAAAAAAAAAAAACCAAAAAACUAACUCAUUGAAUUACCUUGCAGUGGUGUGUUUGAUUCUUUUUUGGACUGGCUUCAGUAUUGUGCAAUCUGAAAAUAAGUAACUUAAGUAACUUAAACUUACAUAAAUCUUGAAUUGUAUAAA